GAGAGCCGCGCGGGCCGCCCCGCGGGCGCGUGGCGGGCGCGGCUGGCGCCGGCGGUGGCGGCCGCGGAGAGCUGGCCGCGCGGCGGUUCCGACAGCGACCUGGACCGGCUGCUACGUUGCCUGGCCUCGGGGCCGCCUGCGGACACCGACGCCGCUUUCGCCGAGUGGCUGUUGAUCGCCACGCCCAAGGCCCGGGCCGGCCUGGCCGGCCAGCUGCAGCGUUUGCUGAAGCGCGAGCUCGGCCCGCUCGCGGGCCGCGCCGAGGAGGCGGCGGCCCAGCUCGUGGACUCCGCGGCGGAGGCGUGCCCGGAGGUCGCCCAGGUCGCCGCGGCGGUGGAGGAGGCGGCGAGGGGCGGGCUGCGCGACGGCGUGCGGGCCGCCGUGCUGGUGCUGGGCCGGGUGGCGGCGCUGGCCCGGGCGGGCGGAGGCGGCGACGUGGACUUCGUGGUGCCCGCCCUGGACAGCCUGGUGCGCGUCUUCCACCGCCCCUUCGUCGCGCACGUGAGGAGCUCCUGGACGAAUCUGCAGCGGUGGCGGGAGGCGGAGGCGAGAGUCGGGCUGCCCAGGCUGGAGGAGCACCCGCCGCUGCUGGGCUGCGUCGCCCGGGGGCUGCUGACGAGCCUGGCGCUCGUGCCCGAGGGCUCUCCGCAGGCCAGCGUCGUCGUCAGCCGCGACAACGCCCUCGGCGACGCCAGGGCGCAGCUCCCGGAACUGCAGCGGUUCCUGGACGCGGUCGGGGAUGACCACCAUCAGCAGAUAGCCGACUUCGCUGUGUGA